UGCCAUUGUUCAUACCCCCCAUUGUUCUCUCUCCUUUGCAUCCCCUCGAUCCAAAUCGUCUCACACGACACCUGUUGCACGAACACGCAACCGUCUGGCCCGUUCGCGGCACGAUAGUGCGGUGCCUACAAGCCCAGCCCGCGUAUACACCCCCAAACUCGUACCAUGGCGUCCCCAAGCUCUUCCAAAGCGGCGUCUACGACGUCUUCUGGCAAGGACUCCAACACGUCAGAACCACUGUACCAAGUGAAGCUCCUCGCUGCGAUCCGCAGCGGCGACCCCGCCCUUAUCCACCCCUUCCUCGCGGAGAUUGGCAAGGAUAGACGAAAGUCGGUCGACAAGGAUGGCGACCUGGAUACGGGAGCGGCGGCGCUACAUCUCGCGGUCCGAUGCGCGUCGGUGGAGACCGUCGCUCUGCUGCUUUCCCAUCGCGCGAUCUCGCCCAAUGGCAUCCAUCCCCCCGGGUCCGGCACCACUCCCCUCCAUCUGGCCGCCUCGCUCGGUCGGGCCGACAUCGUGAACCUCCUGCUCGAACAAGAGAACAUAGACGACACCAUCCUAGAUUCGCAAGGCCGGAACUGCAAGGAUGUCGCGCGCGGCAAGGCCGUUGUACGCGCCAUCGAAGAUUCUCGAUCCUUCCUCAACGCACGAUAUCGCUCGCUCCUGCAUUCGUACAUCCUAUCCCCACCCGACUCCCCUCCCCCGCAAGGCCUUAUCGAAUUGCUCGAAUCGCCUCGCAUUAAGUUCGUGAACCUCAGCUAUCUGGACGACGACACGGGGACGUCAUUGCUGCACGAGGCGGCUAAGCGGCGUGAUCUCCGAUUAAUCGAGUUGGCUGUGCGAGCUGGCGCCGAUGUCUUCGUGCGCAAUCGCAGGGGCAAGAUGCCCUACGAGGGGACGGGAAAAGACGACAAAGUCCGCGUGUUCUUACGACAGUACGCCAACCACGACGCGACUUUAAUCCAGAAUCAGGUCCUCUCGUCGCAGCCGCCAUCGUUGCAAGGUUACCUCAACAAGUACACCAAUGUCGCGAAGGGCUACAACACGCGAUGGUUCGUCCUGAAGGACGGAGUCCUCUCAUACUACCGGCACCAGGAAGACGAGACCAUCGCAAGUCGAGGAUCCAUAUCAAUGAAGACCGCUAUUCUGAAAACUCCUCCCGGUCAAGACAAGCUGCGGUUCGAAGUGCACUCUAUGCCGUCGAAGGGACAUCACUCCGGCGUGCAGAAGUGGUACAUGAAGGCGAAUCACCCCGUCGAGGCGCACCGCUGGAUACAGGCCAUUAACCAGAGCAUCGAGUGGUACAAGCGCGACGAUAUCAGCAUCCAGAGUACGGACUCCGUUGGCGAGCAGUCGCCGGCAGCGCAUCGGACGAUUCGAGGUAGUGUCACGAGCUUGUCGAUGUCUAUGCACCGGCAUGGCUCGAGCAGGACGCACCGGUCGAACGAGGCGGCGUCCUCGAGCUCGCACCUGGAUGACAAGAGUGCACGGGACGACACGAGCGAUGCGGGUGCGAGUCCGCGGCCUGAUGAUGACCGCCGAGACGAUGACGAGGACGCGUCAGAGUCAGACUCGGACUCGCGACGGGGGCGCGUACCUUACGAGGACACAUUCGAGCUGCAGGGCAACACCGCCGCUGCACAGCUCGAGCUCACCCUCCAGCUCUUCUCGAACCUCGACCUACCCCUCGACACGCCCCCGCGGACGCGCGAGCUUAAGACAGCCCUUGGCGACGCGCUGCGCACGGCGCAGAAGCUCGUGUCGGAGCACGUCGGGAUGGCAAAGGAGCGCGACGACUGGUGGCGGAAGCAGCUCGCGAAGGAGCGCAGUCGCGCGGCGGUGUGGGAGGAGAGUCUGGCGGCGGUCGUGCGCGAGGGCGAGGAGCUGGAGAAGGAGCUGAGGGCAAGGAGUAGGAGGCGCGGCAGUCGAAUGUUCGACCCCGAUAACGUAGGCAUGGGCACGGUGAAGACGCUGACGCUGCGCCCAAGAGCGUCGUCGGUGGCGCAGGAGGCGCGUGUGCCGUUGCCAGAGGUGUUCACGCCCGCGGAGGAGACGCUGCCGACGCCGAAGCCGGAGACGGCGGAUAGGCCCAUCUUGACGCCCCGACGCUCGACGCAGGCGACGCUGACGGCACGCGAGACGCUCUCGCCCGCGGCGAUGGACGACGGGGAGAGCUGCGAUACCGACGAGGAGGACGAGUUCUUCGAUGCGAUCGAGGCGAAUGCGAUCCCGAAUCUGGAGGUGCCGGCCCCGCUGAAGAGCCCGUCGCAUGAUGCGACGGAUCUGCCGCCAGGGUAUGACUGCAAGCCGUAUGAAGGGUACAGGCACCUGCGCCAUGAGCUACCUUUGAGCGCGGAUGACCGGCCGAGCGUCAGCCUCUGGAGUGUGCUGAAGAACAGCAUCGGGAAGGACUUGACGAAGAUCAGUUUCCCGGUGUCGUUCAACGAGCCGACGAGUAUGUUGCAGCGCAUGGCGGAAGACAUGGAGUUCUCUGAAUGCUUGGACGUGGCAGCGAAAGACCGCGACGCUCUCCGCAGGAUAGCGUACGUCGCAGCGUUCGGGAUGUCAAACUACUCCUCAACGAUCGGGCGCAUUGCGAAGCCGUUCAACCCCAUGCUGAGCGAGACGUUCGAGUACGUGAGCUUCGACAAGGAGUACCGCUACGUGUCCGAGCAAGUCAGCCAUCACCCGCCGAUCUCGGCCUGCUGGGCGGAGUCGCCGCUUUGGCAUUACUUUGGGGAGGUCGACGCGAAGAACAAAUUCACGGGCAAGUCGUUCGAGAUCCGCCCCACGGGGGUCGCGCACGCAGAGCUAUUACUACCGGAGGAGUGGGCGCCUGACUACCCCAAGUCGGAGAAGUUUAAGGGCAAGGUGGUCGAGCACUACAGUUGGAAGAAGGUCACGACGUGCGUCUCGGGCUUCAUUUUGGCACAGCCUUCGAUCGACCAUUACGGGGACAUGGUGGUGACCAACCACCGCACGGGCGACCAGUGCAUUCUGACGUUUAAGCCGCGCGGCUGGCGGGGGCGGGACGCCUUCGAGAUUGCGGGCAAGGUGGUCGAUGCCUCUGGGCGCCUUGUAUAUGAGAUUGCCGGCCGGUGGAACUCGCAGCUCAUCGCACGCCUGGCGACGGAUGGCAGCGGCCACAUACACCCUGACAUGAGCGUCAGCGGACCGGGCUCGCCGUCGGCGUCGUCCGACUACCUGCUGCUCUGGCGCAACUCGGAGAAGCCGCCUAGGUCGCCCUUCAACCUCACGCCAUUCGCGAUCACCCUCAAUGACUGCCCGAAGGAUACCCUGAAGCCGUAUGUCUGCCCGACAGACUGCCGGUUGAGGCCGGACCAGCGUGCGUUCGAGAUGGGCAAGUGGGACUUGGCGAACGACUUGAAGGUGGCUCAGGAGGAGAAGCAGCGGGCGAUACGGCGCGCGAGGGAGGAGGGCAAGUUGCCGCCGCACGCACCUCGUUGGUUCCGCGCGGAGACGGAUGGGGAUACGGGCGAGCGGGUCUGGGUGCCCUCGAAGGUCGAGGGGAAGCUAGAGUACUGGCUCGAACGCGAGCGGUGCUGGAGGGAAGGUGGCAGGGAGAAGGCGAAGUGGAAGGAGGUGGAUGAGAUCUUCAUCGAGGAGCCGGAGUCUUUAUCGUCGUAAGUCUUAUUAGGAACCUUUGAUACUGUAAGGACAGAACACUCGAAUGUAGAACUAGUUACUGUGCAUAAUGGACAGCCAGGCGACGGGGAAGAUCGCAGAUGAAAAUUUGGGGCG